UCUACCUCACACACCCUAGAUUUUCCCAAGACAUCAACUCUCUGCAAGCUCCAAGUAGCGGAGCAUGUACUGCUCCUUGUCCGGCACAGAGCUUGGUAGGACCCCUCCCUCCAAGGGUACCCAUCAUCUCGGGAUCAGCUCGCAUCACCAUCAGUGAGAGCCCAGGACACGACUACGAUCAUGCCCUUAACGCUGCCAUGCAAGAAAUCCAACAGGUGCCCACUUCACUGUCAAGCACAGAAGCAACUCGGCCUCCACAACAACCUACAACUCUCAACUCCCUACAAGGUCCUAACUACCUCAUUGAAGACCUCUCCAACUCAACCAACAACAAUAUUGCUGCAACUCCGAGCACCGUCCAUGCAACACCAUCUCUCCGCAAUCCUGCCCCAAGCAAUAUCGAUGCUGACGGUCUAACGGCUGUGACCAUGAAGAAGAAGAGUCCUCGUGCCAAAGCAAAGAAGGGAAGUCUUCCGCAGCCGCUGCCUGUGGCUCAAUGCCAGCCUGAGAAAGUUCAAACUGUCACCAAGUACUGUCAGACGGAAUCCUUGUUUGACGAGACUUGGAGAGCGGAAGGGAUGAGGGCAGAACCGUCCGGUCUUCCUUCAGGCCUGGCAUUCAUCAGAACAUCAGAGUGUAAGAUCAAGGGUGUGAUCUCCACUAAAGACCUGCUAGAGGGAAAGAAGUUUGGGCCAUACACUGGAGAGUUUGUGAAAGAAGUUAUUGGCGGUUGCAAUCCGUCAACUUGGGAGGUGUGUGUACGAGGCAGAACGUGGUUCUAUCUUGACGGGUCCACAGACCCUGAUAAUUGGAUGCACCAUGUCCAGUAUGCCAGGAACACUCAAGAACAGAACAUGGAAGCCUUCCAGUCCUAUGGGGAUAUCUUCUUCCGUAUCACCAAACCUAUCAAGUCGGGAACAGAGCUUAGAGUCUUCUAUAGUCCAGAGUACAGGAAGAGGGUUGGAUUCCAGACCAGUCUGGAUGAACUUCAUGUGGACCAAGAUAACCAAAUGUUCCAAUGUCAAGACUGCAAGUACCGUUACACCAAUGCCAAGAGCCUCUCAAGACAUCUCAAGUUUGAGCAUGACAAGGAGAACUUCUGCAGUCGGGUUGACUCUCGGGUCAGUAUCCAAUCUCAGCCCUCUACGACAUCAAGGAUUGAAAUCAUCGCUUCCGGACUGAAGAAGCAAGCAACGACUGCCAAGGUGGCAGCAGAGAAGCUUGUUGCCAAAGACAAUAAGAACAAACAAUUCCUGCAGGUAAAACUUCAGCCUUUGAUUACAGGGAACAAGGACACAACAGGUGCCAAUCAGGACAAUGCGAGAGAAGAGACAGACAUGAAGCCGUUUAGUUGUAAGAGAUGCAGGAAGUUGUUCCCAUCAGAAGGACUCCUGAGACAACACCUUGCUUUUCACCGGGAGAUGAAGAAAAUCAAACCCAUAUGCGAGGUGUGUGGACUGGAGUGUAGGCAUGAGACAGCGCUCAAGCAGCACCUGCUUUCGCACGAUUCCUCAUCAUUCCAAUGCCCCAAGUGCCAGAGGUUUCUAAAAGCGAAGAAAGACUUCGUUCGGCAUCUUAGGAGGAAACAUAACAUGGUUGUUAGGACAGAGACGACGGCCAAAAUGGAGGAUAAGAAAGCAAGGUAUGUUGGACCUGAGAAGGAAACUGAGGAACAGGCUGAGGCUUUCCAUCCUGAACUCUCUAAGGACAUGCUUGGAAAGCGAAUACUGUUAACCACAAAGAAAGCAAAGGUGUUCAAGUGUAAGUACUGCCCUCAAAAGUUUACCUCUUUCACGCAAGUCAACAGACAUGAAUUGACUGUACAUAAAAACAGUGGUCGAUUCAAGUGUGAGUUCUGUAGCCAGACAUUUACCCACAAGGACAGGUUUAUGGUUCACAGGCGAAAACACACCUUGGAUCGCCCUUUUAAGUGUGAGGAGUGCCCACGUUCCUUCUCUUCAGAGAGCGCCCUCAAGAACCACCUUCCAGAACACCGGGGUGAACGACCCCAUAAGUGCGACGUCUGCGGAAAGGGGUUCCGGACACGAUUGAACAUGACUGACCACAGACGGCGCAUGCACAUGCCACCGACGGUGGUGCUUAAAUGCUGCUUCUGCGAUAAGACAUUCAAAGACAAAGCCGGACUGUCCCGACACGAACAGCGCCACAAGGGAAUCCGGCCCCAUGUUUGUUUAACCUGUGGAUCUGCCUUUGGCGCAAAGUACACGCUGCAAUCUCACAUGCGGAUACAUACGGGGGAAAAGCCGUUUGAAUGUCCAGUGUGCAAGAAAAAGUUUAGCCAAAGGCAUCACCUUUCCACCCAUAUGCUAUGUCACGACAAAGGAUCAACUGGUAACCCUGGUAAAGGAUAGGGUUAGGUAGCACCAUGGAUCCAACAUGGGACCAAUAGGCCUGAUUAAUUCAUUAUUCAUAUAUUAUGAAUCCUCUCUAGAAGUUGUUCAAGACUAUUGCAAGAACAAUAUAUUUUCAUGUUUUAAAUGUCCUCCAUGACCUUUGACCUUGAUAUCGUGAAAACUAAUCUGGUCUUUGAACACAAAAAUGUCAUUGCAAUUAAUCAUAAGAAAAUGUUCUAUGAUGAAUAUGCUUAGCUUUGUGUUACAGGUUUCCAUGACAUUUGCUCUGGCGACAAUUGCUUCGCUGCAAAUUAAUGGAAUGACCAACUUCAACCCUGGAUUUAUAUCACUAUACUCUAUCCUAAACCUAACAUAAAGCCCUAUCGCAACCCUUAUCCUAGCCCUUUA